AUGGCGGAAGCAAGGCAAGCUGUUGCAUUCCAAUUUACAAUCACCUCUAAUGGGAUUUUUAUCGACUUCAAUCAAGUAGGAAUCAAUAAUGCUAUUCAAACAGUAUUACACGCAAUACGGCUGAAAUGGCGCAACUUCCGUAAUUCUCUACAUAAGAGUGUAUUUCCAAAUUCUGCUAAAUCGUAUCUAAUUAUCGCGAUGGUAUUAGUUUUACUGCGCUAUCUACAGUUUGGGCCGGUAAAAUAUCUCUUUCAAUUAGAAGCUUACAUCCCUACGCAGGAUCCUCGAAUUACCAUCGCCACUCAUGUUGUUAUAUUAGCAACGGUAUUGUGGAUCACCUUGGCUUAUUUUAAGCGAUACAUGUUAAAAGUUUUGCUUAUGUACAAGGGAUGGAUAUUUGAGAGCGGAGGAAAGAUCUCGCUCCAAACUAAAAUUUGGUAUGGCUUGAUAAAUAUGUUGAAGUGGAAAGGAAAACUCCAGUUAUUAAGCUAUCAGUCUUCACUGCCACGAUUGCCAGUCCCUUCUUUAGAAUCAACUACCAAAAGAUACCUCCAAUCAGUACGUCCGUUAGUUAACGACGAAAAAUAUGACCGGAUGGCCAAGCUGGCCAAUGAAUUCCAGAAUGGUAUUGGAUGUAAACUCCAACGUUAUCUAGUUCUUUAUUCAUGGUGGGCGAGUAACUAUGUCUCUAGCUGGUGGGAAAAUUAUGUCUAUUUACGGAGUCGUGAAUCACUCCUCAUUAAUAGUAACUAUUACAUGAUAGAUGGAGCCACUGAAGAAACCGUGACCAACAGACAAGCUGCUCGCGCAGCAAGCAUAACAAGAAGUGUAAUACAAUAUCGCCAAAUGAUAGACGAUGAGAGCUUGGAACCAUUGAUACUUCGGGAUUCAAUUCCGAUGUGUUGUAAGCAACAUCUUAGGCAAAUGAAUACUGCAAGAUUACCCGGAAAGGAAUUUGAUAAGAUUGCCCAUUACAGUUCAAGCAUUUCUCGUCAUAUUGCCGUUCUUCAUAAAGGUCGCUAUUACAAGCUUGAUUUGUAUCGCGGUCCACGCUGGCUAAAAUUAGUGGACCUAGAAAAGCAAUUUCAGCGUAUCAUUGAUGAUGAAGAAGAACCACUACCGAGUGAAUUACACUUGGCUGCGUUAACAGCCGUAGACAGGACUCGCUGGGCUACAAUACGUGAAGAAUACUUCUCAAACGGAAUUAAUAAGCAGUCUCUAGAUGUAAUCGAAAAAUCUGCUUUUGUUCUUGUAUUAGACGAUACCGAACAAUUUUAUCAAGAAAAUGAUCCUAGUAAGUUUAAUUCAUUUUGCAAAGCAUGCCUUUGCGGUAACGGUUACAACAGAUGGUUUGAUAAAUCAAUGACUGCAAUCAUUUAUGCUAAUGGACGAUUUGGAGCGAAUUUGGAGCACACAUUUGCAGAUGCACCAAUAUUUGGUCAUCUACUUGAAUAUCUCAUGACAAACGAUGCAUCUCCAGGAAGAUUUAAGCCGGAUGGCCAUUGUGAUGGUGAAUCCAGCGUGGACAAUAUUGGCCGUCCUACCCGAUUGAAGUGGGAUAUUCCUUCUAAAUGUUGUGAAGAAAUUGAAGAUUGCGCCCAAAUUGCAAAGUCGGCCAUAAGUGAUCUCGAUCUUUAUGUGCUAGAUUUUACUGAAUAUGGCAAAGGAUAUAUGAAAACUUGUAAAGUUAGUCCUGAUGGUUACAUGCAAAUGGCGUUACAAUUGACCUACUAUAGAUUAAGUCGUCAAUUUUGCUUAACCUACGAGUCAAGCAUGACACGAUUAUACAGAGAAGGUAGGACUGAAACUGUUCGACCUGUUACUACGUUGUCUACAGAAUUCGUUCACACUAUGUGCGAUAAAAAGAAAAGCAGCGCUGAAAAGCGUCAAGCUUUAAGGAAUGCUUGUGAAAAUCAUGCUAUGUUAGCAAAGGAAGCCAUGUUGGGUUAUGGGAUCGAUCGCCAUCUGUUUUGCUUAUAUGUUGUAUCAAAAUAUCUUAAACUCGAUUCACCGUUUUUAAAAGAAGUAUUAAGUGAACCUUGGCGCCUGUCUACUAGUCAAACCCCUCACAGGCAGACGAAAUUUUGCAAAGAUGAUGAUUACGAUGCUUGCGCUAAAAAGUUAUCUGCUGGUGGUGGAUUUGGCCCAGUGGCAGACGACGGCUAUGGCGUUUCUUACAUUUUUACUGGCAAUCGAUAUGUAGUCAUUCAUAUUACAUCAAAGAAAUCCUGCAGAGGUACAGGUUCCGAAAAAUUUGCUAAAAUGUUGAGAAAAAGCCUACUAGAUAUGCGAAAAAUCUUUCAAGAUUCUUAA